AUGCGCUUAGACGAUGCACUGUGGGCUUAUCGAACGACCUAUAAAACUCCUCUUGGCAUGUCACCUUUUCGGCUUAUCUAUGGUAAGCUAUGCCAUCUGCCCGUGAAGCUUGAGCACAAGGCAUUUUGGGCAGUCAAGACCUUUAACAUGGAUAUUGAUGCCGCUGGAGUACAUAGGAAGCUCCAAUUAAAUGAGCUUGACGAGAUUAGAUAUGAAGCAUAUGAGAAUGCUCGGAUUUACAAGGAGAAGACCAAGGCUUUUCAUAACAAGAUGAUUCGUGGCAAAUCAUUCUCAAUCGGGCAGAAAGUGUUACUCUUUAAUUCCCGCCUUCGGUUGUUUCCUGUCCAAAUCCAAAGCAUGAAAAUUGGACAAGAAUUCAAGGUGAAUGGGCACCGAUUGAAGCCAUACUAUGACAACUUUGUGAAGCAUGUCGUGGAUGACAUCCCCUUGCAUGUCGUGGACUCCAAUGGGGAGUGA